AUGAACGAGCCCGGUACUUCCGUUCAAGAGGACGACCAUUUGGAUGAGGAUGUGAAGCCAGAGAUCAACGCCCUCUUCCAGCAGAUCCAGGAUGAAGAGACGGAUGACUAUUCGCGCAUCGACGGCUCUCACAUUUUAUUCGGAGCCUCACAUGAGCCAGAUGUCCGCAGCGUACUAUACAACGAGCCGCCCUACAAGAAAGCAAAAUUUGGGGAGACCGAUCGGACUUGUCAGGUAUGCUUCAAGUUGAUGACAGCUCGCCGGGCACCAAGUCAAUAUAUGGCCCACGUUAUCACACAUCUGGAGACGAAGAGCUGGGCUUGCACUGAAUGUGGCCUGGAGCUUCCUUCCGAAAACGAGAUCGUCGCUCACUGCAUCAACGACCACGACGGCAAGGGGCAGGCCAUGGCGGGGAAAGACAAGUCCUUCGACGAAACGGUCAAAGACAUGACGUUCCGGUGCUUCCCGUCCCAGUCGUCCUCGCUCGAGGCCUACAGAAAAAUCCUGAAUCGAGGGCUCGAGACCGCCUACCGGGACAACGUCACUCAGAACACUUCCAGCGAGUUUUGGAGUGAGCCUGUUGUUAAGCAGGAAGAACCAGAAAUUCCGGAAGCCACUGAGACUUCCAUCCCCACUGAUCUUUCCAGCCUUCUCGGCUUGAUUGAAGAUCAAUUGCCGCGCUAUGAAGCGCCGGUGUUCGACGCGGUUACGGCCGAAGCGACGCUCAACGAAUCCUUGGAGAGGGAGAACCGAAGCUGUCACCUGUGUGGAAAGUACAUCAGUGGACGUUCACGGCAUUCGCAGCCUAGCGCCUUCAUGUCUCACAUCAUCACGCAUGUCGAUGUCAAGCUGUAUGCCUGUUCUGUGUGCGGCCUCGAGCUGAAAACCGAGGACGAUGUGGCAGAUCAUUGCAAGUCAAAACACAAGGGUCGCGGAAAGGCACUAGCUAGCAGCGACAGCCUGGGCCGACAGAUGAGCGAGAUGACGACAAGGUGUUUCCCGCUCCACGUGCCCCUCAUCGAGUCGUACCGGAAGAAACUGGGCUGGGGAGAUGAGCGGACGCCGCUCGACGAGAUCGUGCCCACCUUUGGGAUGCCCAAGCGAAACAGCGACAGUGAGCCGUACGUCUACAAGCCGCGGAAGGGCAAACGGAAGACCGGCGACCUCAAGGAGGGCGAGGAGAUGUCCGUCUUUGACGCCAUCAUCACCGGCAACCUGCAUGUACAACACGCCAAGGAGAAAGCCAUUCGCCACCUCCUCGACACCACCAUCCUCGGCGUGCCACUGGACCCGAAGCCAGAAGAAACGGCAGUACAUCAAAAAUCAAUGAUUGAUGCCGGCUGCGACGAGAAUAUCGAAGAUCUAUUCCCGCGAGAAUCGUCGCCUCCGACUCCCGAAGACCCGGAAGAGCUCGCCUCGGAAAUUGCCAAACUUCGCGCACUGGUGAAGAAGCGUGACGCGGAGAUCAAGGACAUGGAUAAGAAAUUGGCGGUCGAACAAAAGUCGCGGGCCGAGCUGAAGGCGCGCAACGUGCAGCUCGAGACGCAAAUGAACGCGCUCGCGACCAAGGCCAAUCAGCUCUACAAACUGAUCGGCGACAAGAGCACGGAAAUUAUGGUGCUGGAGAUGAAGAAAGACGACCUGAUCGGCGCCCUCAAGAAGGUCGACCCGAAGGCCGCAAAGAAAUUCGCG